AUGCAAGUGUGGUGUCACUGUGUGCACAUCGUAUCCCCAGACCCAAGUGUUAAAACUUUUCCUGGCCCGUCAACAGGUUGCACUCAGAUCGAGAAAGGACAAACACCAAAUGAUGGAUUCUACAACAACAGUCAACUCGUAAAUUCUCAAGAGCCAGCCUUCCACAUCUACGUAAACAACAGUCCUCCUGAGCAUGACUCCUCGCUGGGCAAUGACGGGGAUCUGAACAAUACGGCCAUUGAUGUUUCCUCCCCUAACUAUCUUACAGCCGAUGUGAGUCUCCAGGAAGGGAAGCGACGUGGAAGACUUACCAACGCUGAAAGACUGGCAAGGAUUGAUGAUAAGUCGCAAACCAAACUAAACUUAACAAAGAGGAAAGAACGUGAUGAUGACGUAAGUGAUAAUUUCUCACGCAAAAAGAACGCUCCCCGCGAUGGUGUACAUCCAUCUCUCUCUCCCCUAUAUAACGUGAGUCAGUCAACAACUAUGGAACCCUUUAAUCAAACACCGCCCUUACCUUCUCUGCCACCGGUGAACUCUCUACAAGAUUUAGUCAAACAACUCAUGAUCUGGCGACAAGAGGAUAAAAGUAACAUGGCUAAAUUUAAGGCCGAAGUAUUCGAGUGUAUCACAAAUGAAACGGACAGACUCAGAUGUUGGAAUGUUACGACAAUAAUAUUCUGGAAUGCACGAGGUCUCCCUGAACCUGAGGUACUACUUAGCCUCAAAGAAGGGACCAUCAUAAAUGUUUCCGAGACAUGGCGCACUUCAGGCAAAACUUAUCUCCCCUCCUCGCUAGACUCAUAUAACAAAGUCUGGUCCCCAGCAGUCAAAAAUAAAAUUUUGGGAAGGCCCAGCGGCGGGCUGCUUACGCUCAUAAGCAAGGACUUAACUGCCCUUAUUCCAUCAACUGCCCUCAUCUCAGUGGUGGUUAGCAACUUCAAUCACAAUCAACGGCAUAGACAUCAUCGUGGUAUCGCUCUACCUUAG